CCAGAUUUUCCAAGAAAUAUUUAUAGAAGAGAAAGGGGUUUUCUGGUGUUGCUGCCAUAUGGAACAAGGGAUGGCAGAUAUUGAAAACCAAAAUCAUAUUCAAUCACAACAAGAAGAAAUCACAACCAUUUUUAGUAAAGCAAAUCGACCUGUUACAUUGAAGUUUGAGGAUAUUGUGUACAAAAUCAAAGCCACUCACGAAGGAGGGUUAUGUGGAAAAACCGAACAAUCCGAAGAAAAAGUGAUCUUGAAUGGAGUCAUCGGGAUGGUCCGUCCAGGCGAGAUAAUGGCUAUGUUGGGUCCAUCCGGCAGUGGUAAAACGACUCUCUUAACAGCCCUAGGAGGCAGAUUGGGCAGUAGUUUGAAUGGCAGCUAUGGCCGUUUAACAGGUUCCAUAACCUACAAUGGCAAACGCUUCUCCAACCCUAUGAAGCGAAAUACAGGCUUUGUUACCCAAGAUGACGUCCUUUAUCCUCACCUCACUGUGGAAGAAACCCUAGCCUUCACCGCCCUCCUCCGACUUCCAAAUACCCUUAAAAAGGAGGAGAAAGUAUUGCAUGCUAAGGCAGUGAUUACUAAGCUCGGACUGACUAAGUGCAAGAACAGCAUAAUUGGAGGUCCAUUUCUUAGGGGGAUUUCCGGUGGAGAAAGGAAAAGGGUGAGUAUAGGGCAAGAGAUGCUUAUAAACCCUAGCUUGUUGUUUUUGGAUGAGCCUACAUCAGGGCUCGACUCCACAACUGCUCAAAGGAUUGUGUCCACAUUGUGGGAACUGGCCAACGGUGGGAGGACAGUGGUGAUGACAAUUCACCAACCAUCUAGUCGGCUGUUCUACAUGUUUCAUAAGGUAUUGCUUCUAUCAGAAGGUAAUCCUUUGUAUUUUGGGGAGGCAUUGUCAACUAUGGAUUAUUUCCACGGCAUUGGAUAUUCUCCUUCCGUUCCAAUGAAUCCCUCAGACUUCCUACUUGAUCUUGCUAAUGGUGUUUCAUCACAUGAAGUGAGAGAAGAGCAAAGUGUGGUGAAGCAGACAUUAAUAUCUGCCUUCAAAACGAAUCUUGUUGAGAAAUCAAAGGAUGAGCUUCUAGAAGCUCAGAGUCUUGUACCUCAAGAUCAAGUGGAAAACAAGCAGUUUGCACAUUGGUCCACCACUUGGUGGCAACAGUUCACUGUCUUACUAAGGAGAGGAGUAAAGGAGAGACGGUAUGAGUCUUUCUCUGGCCUCAAAAUUGCUCAAGUCCUUGUAGUAGCUUUCCUUGCGGGAUUACUAUGGUGGCAAUCUAAUAUUGCUCACAUACAAGAUCAGAUAGGAUUGUUGUUCUUUUACUCUGGAUUUUGGGGUUUCUUCCCUAUGUUUAAUGCCAUUUUCACCUUCCCUCAAGAACGGAGGAUGCUAGAAAAAGAACGCUCUUCCGGCAUGUAUAGGCUUUCAUCCUACUUUAUGGCAGGAACUAUUCGUGAUCUCCCCAUGGAGCUUGUCCUUCCAACCAUUUUUGUCACCAUAACCUACUGGAUGGCAGGUUUCAAGCCCACUGCUUUGCAUUUCCUAUAUACACUUUCCGUCCUCCUUUACAAUGUUUUGGUCUCCCAAGGCUUAGGACUUGCUAUCGGGGCGAUGGUGAUGGACCAAAAAUCAGCAACCAUACUUGGAUCCGUAAUCAUGCUCUCCUUUUUACUGGCAGGAGGAUACUAUGUGCAACAUGUCCCUCCCUUCAUAGCAUGGAUAAAGUAUGUGUCCAUCAGCCAUUACAGUUACAAACUGCUAAUUGGGUCUCAAUUUAAGUCACAUGAAACCUAUCCUUGUGGCGAUUCUAGGAAGGUUUGCUCAAUUGGAGAGUUUCCAUCAAUCAAGUUAGUGGGGCUAGAAGGACAAGCUCUUGCUGCCAUAGCUUUGGGUAUCAUGCUCAUUGGGUAUAGACUCGUUGCUUAUAUUUCCCUCAUGAGGAUUGGUGUGACCAAAAAAAUGCACAAAAUAUAAGUAACUCUUUUUUUUUCCUUUAAUCAUGUGAUGAGAGGAGAGUUUAAAACAUAAAAUUUAAAUAAGUUA